UUCUUGCACCCCAAAUUGUUUUUGUUUUUUUUGUUUGUGGGUUUAUUCUGAGUAUUCUGAUCUCUUAUCUAGUGCCCUUUACAACUCUUCACAAGCUCAACAACCUCCCUGUGUUGAUUUCAAAAUUUUUCUUACAGUUUGAGGUUUCUGCCAUAUUUUCAACAAGACUAGUUGGUGGUGUGCUCUGCUGGGUUUUUCUUGUUUUUAUAUUGGGUCUCUUUUGCUUCUUUUUCUUAGUUCGGAUUUGUACUGAAUUUCCGGUUGUUGUUGUAGUUGUUGUACGGAAGAAGAUUUAUUGAAGUAGCUACCUCAAAGAACAGUAGUUGAGAACAGUAGGAUUAAGGAGGAGAAUGAGUCAACCAAAAGUGAAGAGGAGGGUAGGCAAAUAUGAGGUUGGUAGAACAAUUGGUGAGGGGACAUUUGCCAAAGUGAAAUUUGCCAGAAAUUCGGAGACUGGAGAACCUGUGGCUCUUAAGAUCCUUGACAAAGAGAAGGUUCUCAAACACAAGAUGGCUGAACAGAUCAGGCGGGAAAUAGCAACAAUGAAGUUAAUCAAGCAUCCCAAUGUCGUUCGAUUAUACGAGGUGAUGGGGAGCAAGACGAAAAUAUUCAUUGUUAUGGAGUUUGUUACUGGUGGAGAACUAUUUGAUAAGAUUGUAAACCAUGGACGAAUGAGAGAGGAUGAGGCCCGCAGAUAUUUUCAGCAGCUUAUUAAUGCAGUUGAUUAUUGCCAUAGCAGGGGCGUUUAUCACAGAGACCUCAAGCCAGAAAAUUUGCUGUUGGAUGCUUAUGGAAACCUCAAAGUUUCUGAUUUCGGGUUGAGUGCACUGUCCCAACAAGUCAGGGAUGAUGGCCUACUUCACACUACCUGUGGAACACCAAAUUACGUUGCUCCUGAGGUCCUCAAUGAUAGAGGCUAUGAUGGGGCAACUGCGGACUUGUGGUCGUGUGGAGUGAUACUCUUUGUACUGCUUGCAGGUUACUUGCCUUUUGAUGAUGCUAAUCUUAUGACCCUGUAUAAAAAAAUUUCUGCUGCUGAAUUUAGUUGCCCUCCUUGGCUGUCAUUCAGUGCAAUGAAAUUGAUAACUCGAAUCCUGGAUCCCAACCCUAUGACUCGUAUUACCAUAUCUGAAAUAUUGGAAGACGAAUGGUUUAAGAAAGACUAUAAGCCUCCUGUGUUUGAAGAAAAGGAGGAUACAAAUUUGGAUGAUGUGGAAGCUGUCUUUAAAGACUCAGAAGAGCACCAUGUGAUGGAGAAGAAGGAAGAGCAACCAGCAGCUAUGAACGCAUUUGAGUUAAUUUCAUUGUCAAAAGGGCUAAACCUUUCGAAUUUGUUUGAUAUGGAACAGGGAUUUAAGAGAGAAACAAGGUUCACAUCCAAAUGCCCUGCCAAUGAGAUCAUCAAUAAGAUUGAAGAAGCCGCAAAGCCUCUUGGUUUUGAUGUACACAAGAAGAACUACAAGAUGAGGCUUGAAAACAUGAAAGCUGGAAGAAAGGGAAACCUUAAUGUUGCCACAGAGAUAUUUCAAGUGGCACCUUCUCUUCAUAUGGUUGAGGUGCGGAAAGCAAAAGGGGACACCUUGGAGUUUCAUAAGUUUUAUAAAAACCUCUCAACCUGCCUGGAGGAUGUUGUUUGGAAAACUGAGGAAGACAUGCAAGAAAUGAAAUAACAUCCCGUUUCUGCUUUUAUUGUGUUGUAUCCUCAAUGAUUUACCAUUCAAGCUACCUUGGUAAAUGUUGUUCUAUAUGCUCAUUCUUUUCAUUUUGUUUUUUGACCUCCGUAGAUUAGACAGACAUGGUUUUACCAAUUGUUUUCCAUGUUAUUAUUGUUGGAAAGCAUAGCGGUGCAAUGUUUGUUUUCUACUUUUUUACAAUCAAACAGAUCAACCUUAAUUUGAGGUGAUGAAGUAAGAAUGAUGUGUAAUUUUUUGUUUUCCUCA